AUGAUCUUUGUUGCGUAUCUUCUUUGUCUUCUCUUCAUCUCCCGUCCCGCUGUAGAGGGUGGCCUGCCUGCACCCGCGAGAACCACGUCUUCACCUGUGUCGACUCUCAAUCCUGCUUCGUUUCCACAGGCGAAGGGAAGAGGUAACAAACGGAGAGGCGUUUCCUCUGCUUCAGACAUGUUCCUUUUCUUCUCGACACCGAGAACUCGAAAGACGGGUAAACCCAAUUCUAUUUCCACUCCUUCACUCUUCUGUGCCUGUGCGCAGUUAGACAGACCGACGAAGAGGCAUUCUCUUCGUUCUGAGGUGGCCGUUUCUCCUCCCUCCUCUCCACAGCGAAGAACUCUUGAGAAACUGCAUUUCAUUUCACACUUCUUCACCUCUUCACAGAGGCAAGGAGGGCUUCUGCAGGCGACUGGCCGUUCCUUUGUCUUGCCUCGGGGGGUGGGAAGUGUGCACGUCCGUGGCUGUUCCUGUGUCGUGGAGCGCAUUGCUCGUCCAUGUUGCGUCUCAGGAAACUGGGCAACAGAAAUCGCCUUGCCUCGUGUCCUACGUUGUAGAGCAAACCCGCCCUCCCGUUCUUUCUCCUCUGCGUUGUAUUCCCUCGCGGCGCUCCGUCCUUCGUGCUCUUCGUUACCGUCUUCUGUUCACUCGAGGCGCGUGAACGACAUGGCGCCGCUAGGCGGGGAAGGUCGAGAGGGCGACAGGAGGGAACCGGCGAAGGGGAAAGAGGCAGGCGCGCCCUCUGAGUCGACGGCAGAAAUGCGAACGGAAGCAGCAAAUGCCGAGUCGCAGAGCACGCAACGAAACUUUGUCGACGAACUCUCGGAGAUCCGUCGUCUACGCGCUGCCAAAUACAGAGAACAUAAACAACACAGCGAACCUGCCACGUCUGCCUCUUCUUCCCGACCUCCCUCGUCUUUCUCUACCUCUUCUUCCCGACCUCCCUCGUUUUCCUCUUCCUCUUCUGCGCCCGUUUCGUUCUCUUCCGCGCGCCGUGACUGCACCGCGUCUCCUUGCGCGAACGAAGGAGCUCGGGGGAGCAGAGAGACUUCGGCUGUCUCCAUGCGCCCCACUUCGGUCCCAGAUACGCCCCCUGGACGGUCGCAGGAGCCUUUCAGAGGCGACAGGAAGUUGGACGACGCAGUGUAUCUGCAGGGCCGCUCAGGAAGGAGGGAGCGGUGCAGUCUCAGAGAAAUACAAGAGGAGGAGGAAGAGCGAGCGAGGUUUUCUGCGCUGGCCUGUAGCCUGGCGCGGGCUGCGCGCGAGGGCGAUAGAAGAGAGGAGACAGGCGGAAGACGCCCCUUCGAAGGACCAGGAAGACGGCUGGGAGAGGAGCAACGCGAGCGGCCAGGAAGCAGAGAAAGGUCGGCCGGGGCGCCUCUCGGCAGCCUGCUGCGGAAACGAGGAAGAGAGGAAACGAGAACGCCAGGUGACUUGGCCGCGGAUAAAGAGACACGAGCGGAGAAGGCGCUGAGACCAACGGCGAGAGGCCCCGAAGGAGCGCGGGAGAGAGAGCGGACGCAAAAGCAAGAGACGGUAAAGAGGGAGAAGAGCGCUGAGCGAAAUCCCGCAGAGGCUGUGGAGACGCAGGAAGGCAAUGAGCUGCCAAUCUGGUCCAGUCAGUUCGAUGUCUUGACCUGGAACCUAGAUGGGCUCGACGAGGCGGCGCUGCGUGUGCGGACUUCGGCGGUGAUUUCGACUGUCCGGGCGCUUCGCCCCGCAGUUGUGAUGUUUCAGGAAGUCGUUGCGGCGUCUCUCCAUCUCCUCUCUUCCCACCUCGCGCCGCUCUACCACAUCUACACGCCUUCUUCUUCCCUCGGCGACGCAGCGUCGUCACUGCUCUACGAGAUGGAGCGCGCGCAGCAGCACGCCUUGGCGGCGCCGUCGUCUGGGCCCUCCGCGCCUCCGCUCGGGUGUCCGUAUUUCUGCGUCUUGAUGCUGUGCAAAGAGCAAAUGUUGCCUCUCGACGUGGAGCAAGGCGCGCUAACUGAGUGGUUUCCAGGGAGUCAAAUGGGGCGACACUUGCUCGGCAUCGUGGCUGCGCCGAUGAGCUGGCCAGAUGACCGCCUGCUGUUCCUCACCUCGCACCUCGAGUCGAUAAAGGAAUACCGAGACGAGCGAUUGCGGCAGUUCCGCCGGUGCAUGCAAGUGGUCACGCGCAGCUUUGCCCACGUCUGUGAAGAGGAGGGAUGCACAGAAGGCGAAGCGGCGGGAGGGGGAACGCGAGGGGAAAGAACCGAGAGGAAGGCCAGGAAGAGCGGGGACGACGGAGAGGACCCGCCAACCGCGUUGCAUCCAGCGUUCGCCGCGGUCUUUGGCGGCGACACGAAUCUCCGGGAUUCAGAGCUGGCAGAAGCGGAGGGCGAUUUAGCGCGAGGGAGAAGGGAGAAACUUUCCGGAGCACGACCAAAGACGGAGAGUCAAGAGAAGCAGGGAGCGGGACGAACGAGUGCGAACAGCGGGAGUGGAAGGCGACUCGGCGAAGACGAAAAAGGAGCGACGCCGACAGUCCCCCGCAGCGUCCGAGACGUCUGGGAAGUCCUGGGCAGACCCGACGAGUGUAGGUACACGUGGGACAUGCUCAGAAACGACAACAAACAAAUGAAAUGGCGCCCCAGACUUCGCUUUGACCGUUUCUACUGGUGGAGCCCGCGUCCGCGCUCUUCGACUUUGCAGGUUCGCGUGGCCACGGAAGGCCAGAGGGGGAAGCCUGGGAUAUCUCCCGGGGCGGUGACGCGCAGCGACUCCGAGGUCCGCGCCUCGUCUUCGUCUUCCGCUUCUCUUCACCGGUGUGAACGAGCGAAGGACGAAGCAUCACACGCUUCGUCUCGUGCAGCAGAGGGAAAGGGACCUCUGACGUGGGCUCCUCAGGCGCUUCGCCUCGUUGGCGUCAAUCGCCUGCCGAUGUGCGGCCGAUUCCCCAGCGACCACUUUGGUCUUCUCGCGCGGUUCCGUCGAGGGACGGUGACAGAUCUUAGGUAG